AUGAUUUCCUUGUUGUUUCCGCGGUCGCCUUUGUGCACAGCAGCCAUAGUUUUCUACACAUGUGUGUGCGUUCCCUUGUGGAGGUUGAACAAGAAGUGUGGGGAUGCGGAAGCGCAUGAUGACGGUGAGGGUUACCAACUAACAGGUGUGAUGUUCGGGGACAAGGAAAAAGAGGAGGAGAUUUGCUGCCCCAUAUGCCUUGUGGAGUUUGAGACUGAGGAUGCUGUGACCCAUCUCCCUAGAUGCACUCAUCUCUUUCAUAUCCACUGUAUUGAACCUUGGCUUCUCCGUGGCCAUCUCACUUGCCCUCUAUGCAGAUCUUUUGUCUUCACUCCUACCCACAAUGUCUAUAGUGCCCCCUCCUGUUCCACCUUUCAUCUCUCUCUUUUCUUCCUCUUGUGUCUCUUUCUCCAUCUACUUGGAUACUUGUAG